CUCAGAACUUGUCAUCAUAACUGGUGAUGAUGAAAUGAAACAAGUACAGAAACUUAUUCCUCCUGUGAUAGAAGUUGUAAAGAAAUUGCUUGCUGAAAAUCAAGAAUGGGCAUGCGAAAGCAUGGAAUUAUUUGACAGUCUGCUUGAAUUUGAAGUAGCAAUUGUUGUCCCUUAUUUGAAAAAUCUUGUGCAACUCUGUUUAGAGAUAAUACCCAGGAAAGAUUUGGAAAAUAUGAUUAGAGUGAAAGCAAUGAGCACCAUUAAGCUCCUUAUAACCUUGAAGAAGAAGGCUAUUCUGAAAAAGAAUUUCAAUGUGUUGAUUAUGAAUGUAAUAUUUGAAGAGAUUUGUGCUGAAACGGAUGAUGAGUUUGAUAUUAUGGAAGAAAAUGAUGAAGAAGCAGAUACACCAACCAGAUAUGCUGCUCAGGUCAUUGAUACCUUAGCUUUACAUUUACCACCAGAAAAAGUUAUUUCCAAAUUGCUUCCAUUGGUAGAAAAUGCUUUGAAAAGCCCAGAUAAAUUCCGUCGAAGAGCAGCUUACACAAGUCUCGCAAUGAUUGCAGAAGGUUGCAGCGAAUAUAUCAUUAACAACCAUCUUCAGUCAUUUGUUAGUUGUGUAUGUCAAGGAAUGGAAGAUAAUGAAGGUUGUGUGAAGAAUGCAGCCUUUUUUGCACUUGGAAGGUUUGCCGAAUAUCUUCAGCCUGAAAUCAACAAUAUGGCACCACAUCUUCUUCCUUUGCUUUUUAACAAUCUGUUAAAGACACUUCAAGAGAACCCUCAAAAUAUCAAUGGUCUCACAAAAACUUAUUAUGCUCUGGAGAGAAUCUGUGAGAAUCUUGGUGAAGCUAUUCUUCCUUUCUUACCGGAUAUUAUGGAUCAUCUGAUGAAUGUAUUGAAGACAUCAUCCAGCUUAAAAACCAAAGAAGUUGCAGUCAGUGUUAUUGGAGCAGUUGCCAAUGCUGCUGGUCAAGGAAUGCAGCCUUAUUUUCAGACGGUACUCAAUGAUGUAAAUGAGAUUCUCAACGUAGACAAUGAAGACUUUCUUACUUUACAUGUCCAAGCUAUUGAUACAUUAGCUGUACUGGCCCGUAACAUUGAUAGCAAUGAGUUUCUUCCAAUUGCUGAUAAUGUAAUGCAAAUGGGAGUGCAUCUCAUUGAACAGAAAGAUGACCCAGACUUGAGGCGAUGUGUAUAUGGACUGUUUGCUUCAAUGUCUGUUUUGCUGAAAGAUGAAAUGGCUAAAUAUCUUCCAGAAAUAAUUCCUAUUAUUCUAAGUUCUGUGAAGUCUUCAGAAGGUGUACAGCUUCAAUACAAAGAGGAUGUUGAUGAUAUUUCCACUGCCAAUUUUAUUGAUAUUGAUGAUGAUGAAAAUACGGAAGAGAGCUUAGGAGAUCAGGACACUGAAUCUGAAGAUGAGGAAGAAAAAUUAUAUGUAAUUCAAGUUGAAAAUUCAUUUGUUGAUGAAAAAGCUGAUGCUUGCACAGUGUUAGGUGAUCUUGCGCUUAAUAUUGGCACGGUUUUCAUGCCAUACCUGCAAAACUGCUAUGAUGCUGUCACUCAAGUAUUAGUCUAUCCUUUAGCUCAAGUCCGUAAAGCUGUCGUUACAACACUUGCACAGUUUUGUUUAAGUCUUCAUCAAGUUUUUCAAAAGACAAAUGACUUGGAAUCAAAAGAGGUGUUGUCUGGUAUGAUCAAAACGGUUGUACCAAUGCUUUUAGAGCGUAUCAAAGAAGAUAAUGACCGGAUGACUGUGACAGCUGCUGUGGACGCUUUAGUAGAGCUGCUUACCAAGAUAGGAUCACCAUUUAUGUGUGAAGAUGGUAUGAUCGAUUCCAUUUUGACCAGAACUCGAGAAGUCUUUUCUCAUCAGACAACUUGUCAAGAUGAUAAUGAUGAUGAUGACGAUGGUGAAGAGGAGGACCAAGAAGCUGAAUACGAUGCAUAUCUUGUAGAAUCUGCUGGAGAAAUAUUGCCUGCCACAGCUAAAUUAAUUGGUGGAAAAGCUUUCAUGCCAUAUUUUGAGUCUUUUAUACCAGAUCUCUUGAAAAAACUGAAAAGUCACAACUCUAUUGCUGACCGAUCUUUUGCAAUUGGUACUCUAGCUGAAACACUUGAAGCUUGUGGGGAGGCAUCUGCUGGUCUAACUUCUCAGUUCUACCCAAUCUUUAUGAAAAUUACCAGAGAUCCUGAUAGUGAGGUUCGAAAUAAUGCUGUGUUUGCUCUUGGGGUCAUUAUUUCAAAUGGUGGAAGUGCUCUCCAAAAUGAUCUGCUGAAUAUAUUAAUGGAAUUGUUUACUCUUCUUCAAAAUGAAAACUGUGAUUUGGUAAAGGAUAACAUUUGUGGUACUGUCUGUCGAAUCAUUAAUCAGAAACCUGAUGGAUUACCACUUGAACAGGUGUUACCUGUGAUUAUUCAAUGUUUACCUUUAAAAGAAGAUUUUGAAGAGAAUACCACUGUUUUCCAAAGUUUACUAUCAUUGUUUGCCCAAGGACACCCACAGCUAAUUGUAAUGUUGCCAGAAUUGUUGAAAGUUAUAGCAGAAGUACUGGGAACCACACAAAUUAAUAAAGAAACUGAAUCAUUGCUGGUCCAAUUUGUGAAAAAUGUUCAUGCCUCAUACCCUGAUGCUUUAGAGAAGGCGAAGUUGACUAUCUCUGCUGAGCUUGGAGCAAAACUAAAUACUUGCGGUUUGAUGACCUGACUCUGUAGUCAUCCAUCCCUUUUUUGUAAACACCGGGCAAUACAACUGCCUUCACUCUCCUAUCACAGAAUGUGAUGAAUGUUCCCUUUGCAGCUUUCCAGCAAGUUUUUGUUUUGUCUAUUUUUUUUAUUUUCAUUAAAUUUGAAGUUUCAGAAUUUUAAUUUUCAUGUUUAUUUUCGCAGUAUUAUUAUUUAUUAUAAAGUUAGUUCUUUUCUCAGAGAAGCAGUAUUCUCACAUAAUGGAAUAUUUCUUUUUCUUUAAUACUUACAACAAAUAUGUUUACUUUAAGACAAGAGGAAAACCUGAAUUCUGUUCUGUUUUGAAACGUUUUUGUUUGAACAUUUUAUUUAUUUCUGUUAGCAGACUCUGGCAUAUAUGUUCAGGUGAUCUUGUAAUUCUUUCAGAAUACAAUUAAAUUUCAUGACUGAACUAAAAACACAUUUUUCUUAGAAACUACUACCUCAGUCUCUCACCUGUCUACACAGAAUGUAAGAACAUUCUGAGUGAAACAUUUCAAGAAAUGAUUUCAUUAAGAGGAUAAUUUCUUUUGGCUGAGUAAAUACUGGAUGAGCAGUUAACUGUUGUGCUUAUAAAGAUUUAUAGCACAAUGUCUUGGUCAAAGAAAUAAACUUUUUAUAUCCCAACAUUGGUGAGCGUGUAAUGGUAAAUUGUUUCUCCAUACAUAAGGUUUUGGUUGUGUUUUGUUUCUCAGUAUGGGAAUUAAAACUGGAUUAAAGUUUAACUUUGUGUCUUUAUAAUGGACUUUUACAUGACAUUUUGAAAACUACUGCAAACCUACUUUGAUGGAAGGGAAGGAAAAUACUCCCAGAGAAUGUUGCUUUUUCUGAUUGAAUCUUGUUCGCUGGCUUCAUCAAGCUUUAGAUACAGGUCCCUUUAUACCAUCUGAAGUUUGUUGCUAUGCCUUCUGACUGCUUGUGGAUUUCUUAAUCACACUUAAUAAGUGGCAUUUGUUUGGGCAAAACUUGAGUAAUUUGAUAGGAAUCUGCUUACUCCCCCAGCAACACUAAUGGUAAAUUAGUUGACAACAGCAGCAUCAGCAUCUGUAGCUACUUUUAAUGGUGUUUAAUUUUGUUCACAUUUAGAAAAUUGUACUUUCACAAUUUUUCUUAUUCGAACAUAUUUCUAAUGUACUCUUGCACUUGAGUAACAACAACUGCUCAAUAUUGAGACUUAUCUCGUCUGAUAUUAGUAAGGUUUCAGUUUACAUUUAAUUUCAAAACUACUAAAUUUAAUAGGCUAUCUGUUAACAUAAAAGCAAGAUCUCUAUUUGCAUUGGCUAGUUUUACUUUUCUCUGUGCUGGUAUCUCACAAGUAUUCCCUUGUUGAGUGUUCAGAACCAUGAGUCUGUUGAUACAUUUGCACUGCUACAGUUUAAUGAAUGUAAUUGCUUUGUGUGUCACUUUCAAUUGAAUGAAAAGUGACUGACCUAGUAAAGGGGAAAAAAUGAAUUGUUUCAACCAUUAUAUAUACCAAUCCAUCCAUAUUGAACAAAAAAAAAAAAAUAUAUAUAUAUAUGGUACUUCACAGAGGUUGCAUUAAAUGACGUUAAUAAAAUGCUAUUGAUUUUCUCUUCUUCUGCCUCUCCAAUGAAUGUUUUCGGUGUUGUAACUUGAUUUUUUUUUUUACCUUUCAAAAUGUUUGUAACUUCAUAAAGCGGCAGUUAAAAAUUGUGUAUAUUGAAUAUUUUCUAAGAUUUGUAUCUUUGUAUUGUUUGCUACAAGUAAAUUAUUUAACUGUGGUUAUGUGUUUCUUUCAGAAUAUUCAAAUUUACAUAAAAAGAAUUGUAAGAUCUUAAAUCUUUCAUUUCCUGACAAUUUAGUGUAAUGCUAUAUUAUAUCAGAAUAUGUAAACAUUUUUUAAAAAAUUUUUCACCAUUUAAAUGAGAUAAUGAAAUAUAUUUAUACCCAUAUAUUUUUCUAGAACUUUUAAAUCUAUAUUCAGAAUAAAUACAUGUCAUUGGGGUGAAGGUAUUGACAUAUUAGUUUGCUGCAAUAGAAAUAUGUAGUUGAACUUUUUUUUGAUUGAAGAUUCACUUUCUGAUAAAGGUCUCAGAAUUAUUUGGGUGAUGACUAUAUGGCAUUUGUGUGCCAAAGGAUUCAGAAUAGAUGCUAUUUUUGUUCUUCUAGUUCUCUUUGCUGACAUAAUUUUUUUUUUAUAUAGUUUAGUUUAUUAUAGGAAGAAUUCUAAGAAAGUGAAGUAGGUGAAAUGUUUAUUCUUGGCAGAAACUUACUGUUAUUUUAUGAAAUUCAAAGCAAUUCUUACAAGGUUCUUAUGCUUUUUUUUUGUUUUUCUUAAUUUAGAAAUAAGUUAUUCUUUUAAGUUGGGUGACAUUUGUUGUGAGAAUAUAUUUAUUAUUGGUAGAUUUGUUCUAUCAGUAUACUGCAACCUGUCUUACCCUGAUGCAACCAACAAUAUAUGCAAGAUAUUCUAGGUGUCUAUAUAUGAGAUUUUCAAACCCUAUCUUUUAGUCAUUGUUUUAAGUUCAUAUCCUUCCAAGUCAGUUUUGCUUUUCAUCCCUUCAGGAUCAAUCAAAUAAAAUACCAGCCAAGUGUUGGAUCAAUUUAACUGCCUAUUCCCCAUCCCCAAUUUCUGGCUUUCUGACUGUGUUAGAAACAACUAUUUCUCCAGUGCACAGUAGGGAUCUAAUCCUGUUUUAUUUUUCUUCAAACAAACUGCCAAGCCUCAACAAAAGGUCUCCGACAGAAAAUAGUUUUGUGAGAAUAUGAGCUGUUCCAAAGAGUAAAUUCUGGGAGCAUUCACAUGUUUGUCCUGAUGUCCAACUGUACCAGGUGGCAUGAUUUUUUUUUUUAUUUAUAUUAUCAGGAUUAACCCUAAUGCUUCAAUUAUAACUGCUGCAACUUUAACUUUUGCUGCUGGGCAUUCUUGCAUAUUUCUAUUUAUAAUUUCACAUAUUUUGACAUCUUUUCUACUUCGUUGUCUACAAUAUUUUUGUCUGAAAGAAUUGCAUAUUUUAUGAAAUAUUCUUCCCCCACCCCAUGUCAUCUACAAUAUCUAGUCUACGGUGUUCAGUUAUUCUAUGUCUGGAUGUCAUAGUCCCAUAGAAUCUUUGAUUUACCAUUGUCAUUUAGAGCUGUUUCUGAUACAUGAUUAUACUACUAGUCUGAAGUGUUAUAUCCAAAUUUCUUUACAAAAUAUCUAAUGCAAGUUGAAAAAGAACUCAAUUUGUCACUUGUAUUUUUUCUCAGCUAAAAUUAUACAGCUUACUACAAUAUAUUUUCUACUUGCCCAUUAAGUUGCUUUGCUAUUAUAGGGCAAUGGAUUGGCAGAAUCAGUAAAGUGUCUGGCAGAAUGUCUUGUAUUUAGAUACAGUUCAUUACAUUCUGAGUUCAAAUCCUGCCAGGGCUAACUUUGCUUUCAAUCUUCUCUGGUCGAUAGAAUAAGGUACUCAUAACUUCCUUGGGUUAGUAAACUUGACUAAUUCUCUUCCCUUCCAAUUUGAAGCCUUUUGCCUAUGUUAGAACUGAUGUGUGUGAUGGAAUAGCAGAAACUAUAGAGCACCUGACUGAAUACCUUAGAAUAUUUAGUUUCAUCUUCUCUACUUUCUGAUUCAAAAUCAUACCAGUGUUGACUUGUUUUCGUCUAACUAGUAGCAAUAAACUAUCAGUCAUCUGUUGGGAUUAAGUUAUUUAGCUGUCCUCCUUCUCCCACCAAUUGCGGCCUUGUGCCAAUGUAAAAAUUAUUAUAACAGGGAGCUGGCAAAUUAUAUUGGUGCUUUAGUAGUGCAGACAAAAUAUCUAUAGUUGAUUAAAUUUAGACUAAAUAAUCUCCGUCCAUUGUAAAGAAUGAAGUAUUGGUUAAAUAAAAUUCUAAAUUAACUUAGUAAUGUCAGCCUGUUUAUGUUACUACUUGAGACACUUUUUCUUUUGGGAGAAAAUAAUAAAUUAACUUAACCUGAUCAAAGACAUCAUUGCAGAAACUAGAUGUAUAGAAAAAAUUCAGUUAACAAAUAUAUAUUUAAGACAAUCGGUUUUCAUUGCAGUUUCUCAUAAUAUGUAAGAAAUUCUAAGUGUAUCUAUGCAGAUUUUAUUCAUCUGAACAAACUAGUCAUUAGAUAUUAUGUUCUGCUGUUCAUUUUGGGACUCUAGUAAGAGACUUGAAAUUUUGUGACCUUACUUUUAAAAAGGUAUGAUAAUUUUCAUUUUAAUUUGAAUUAAGAUGUAAGUAUCUAAAUAUGCUUGGUAUAUUUGGUAAGUCUUGGCAAACAACUUCUCAGGAAAUUUUUGGUGCUAUGCAUACUUUUUUUUUUCCUUUUUGUUUAAAUCUUUAUCAAUAAUAAAUAUGGGAAUUUUGAAAAUAAGUCAUUUUUUUUUUUUGUUUUUUUAAUUCUUUGUUGGAAAAGAGAAUUUCAAACCCUCUCCACUUGCUAUAACUUAAGUUUCUGUUCUAAUCGCAAUUCUUUCACUUCAUAGAUAUACUGUUUAGGUAAUAAUGAAUUAAUGAUUAUAGAAAGUCUGUUUUCAGUUAUAUAAGACAUGUUUGGCUGCUGUUAAUUUUUGAUGACAACAAUUAGAAAUAUUUUGUUUGUAUUGCUUCUGUUAGUUACUUCACAUAAUCAGGGUAGGGGAGAUGGCUGUAGCAAUUAAACGUUUUACUAGAACUAGUUCAAAACCCUCACCCUCUUCACUUGAGGGUCCCACUGGAAAUAACUUUGCCUUUCAUUCUUCUGGGGUCAAUUUAGCUAAUUUCUAUUUUGCAAAACAAUGGCCUUAUGCCAAUUUAUAUAUUUAAAAAAAUGGCAAUAUUUAGUUAUAAAUGCUGACCAAUUUCUUUGUUUUUCAAGUAAUGAAUGGUUGCCUAAUAUCUUUGUAUUUUGUUGAAAAAAAAAAAAAGAAAAAAAUUGUACAGUACCUUUGACCUUCUGAAUCUCAUCCACCAGUGAAUAUAUUUUGGGCUCAUGUUUAACAAGUUAUUUUAUUUUUUUUCUUCCCCAAUAUUUCUCGUUCUUCAUUUUUGUUUCAAAAACCUAUUUUCUCAAACUGCCGGAACUCUGAAGUUAUUUUCAUUUAUUUUCCUAUGGAAAAAAAAUUAUAUUCGGCUUAAUUUGUUUUCUUUAUUUCUUAGUUUUGAACAUUGCAAAAAAAUAAUUGUGAUUAAUUUCAUCUUUAAACAAAAACAUUUGUGAGAAUUAUCUGAAGUCGUUUAUAUUCUUCAAAUAAUCUCAAAUUUUAAGCUGUGAUAUACCUGAUUGUGUGGCUGUUUUUUAUGUUUUUUUUUUUUUUUAAUAUAUUUUGCUCUAGCCAGCUUGCUUUUAUGUCUCCAGUGUUAUCAAUAACACACUCCUGGAAUUAAUCAACUUUAUUUUACUAUUCUAGCAAAAUAAAUAAAUAAAUACAAAUAAAGAGAUAAAUAAACUGAGUCUUGUAUCUAUUAAAAAAUAUUUCAUUGCUUGUAUUAAGCAAUAUAGAGUAAAAUACAAGUGGCAAGAUGGAUCAGUUUCCAUUUGUUGCAGUUUUUUUAUUUUUUUUUUUUAUUUUUUUUUUUAUGAUGAGAUAUGAAAACUAUAUAUAACUUGUUUCACUUCUGUACAUCUUUUGCCUUAGCAAUUGAUAAUUUCAUUAUAAAGAAUCUAAAUGAGCUAUCAAGUCUAUUAUCUUUAUUCAGCAAAUUGUAAGAAAGUGAGAUUUAAACAAAUUCUUUGGCAAUUCUUUUCUAAUUUCUCAGGAAGAAAUCCUUAUUUUUAAAAUAAAGAUUUAAAAUUUUUUAAUUAUUUCUGUAAAUGUAUGAAUUUCUGGCUGGCUAUUUCAUUAUUAAUGAUUCCUUACUCUACGAGUUCUCACUUAUUUCCUCCAAAUAGAAGAUAUUAUUUGUAGCCUUCCCUCUCUUUCCACUUCAAGUCAGUGAUUUUGUAGAUAAAGCUUAAGUAUAUUCUUAGAAUGUCUGGUAGCCUGUUGAUUUCUUUAAGUAUGUAACAAAAUUUGAAUUCUGCUUUGUUAUUGAUAUCCUAGUUUUUCAGGGAAGUAGAACACUGCUUAACUCUUUUAAGGUAGUGUUUUGGUAUGUGUAGCCAAAAAUACCAAAAUGUUUUUUCUGUUACAAUUGAAAAUGAUGGGUGCAUGUAGAAAACAAAGGCUAAAGUGCCCAAAACUACUUUAUUAUAUAAAACUAUUUUCUAUAGUUUUAUAUUAUAUCUACUGAAAGACAAUCCCUGAUUGGCUAUUAUGCUUCAAAACAUUUGUUUCAUGAGGUCAAUGGGUCAGUGAAACUUUUAUUUACAGUUUCAUUUAAGAAGGGAAAAAGUGCAUUUAACAGUGUGCACAAUGCAGGGGCAGCAGCACCAAUGAUAUUAUAUACAAAGCAAUAAUCUUCAUGUCAACACCUUGACAGCUUAUUUAUCCGCCAACUGCUUGCAAACUCAAGUCAUGUGUACUUUUAAUAUAUUGCUUAAUAUCUAGCCUGCUCACAUACACACACUGAGAAAGUGGAAGUGUUUUUUUGGGUUAAAUGAGUAUUUUUUUUCUUUGCUACAAUAUAUUUUUCUGUAUUGUAUCUAAAAUAUACUCAACUGCUAUACUAAUUAGUUGGGAUUUUGUGCCACUUCGCAUGCAUUUGUAUUGCUCUCUCUUUCAUAAAAUACAUUAUUCUAGUAACCUCAGUGUCUUAUACUUAGAACAUGUGCUAGUCUUUAGGUAUUAUUAAAUAGGAGUGUACUGAUAAAGCUGUUCCAACAACACCUUAAGUUAAAGAAUUGAAGUAAAAGGAGGUAGGAAUACUCUAGUUUCAAGCAUCUUGGUUACUUGUGAGUCAUGUCUGAUGUAAAUCAUAUUUUUGCUUACUCUACUCAUGAUAGUCAUAAGAAAGACAUGAAUGUCACAACAUACUGCAGGAUGACAAUAGCAUCAGCUUAGGUCGUGUCUCCAUAUAUUUACUCACUAAGAAAAUGUAAUUGCAUAGACUGGUAAUAAUGCAAACUUGAUUGGAUAUUGAACUAAUAAAAGAGGAAGUUAGUAUCUGGAAUAUGUAACUGUUAGAACAAUCUCUUAGAAAUUUACUCACAGUUUGGGUGUAAUUAAGCAUAAACAGGUUCAGGAGAGGGUGUUGAUAAAUAAAUUAUAUUCAGACCAAGCUGCCUUAUUUUCCUUGGGUGGUAGACUUAAACCAUUGCUUGGCUUAAUACCACUCCCUGGCUCUUGGGGCUUUUAACAGUCCCAUAUUGUUGCAAGCACUCAAGCCAGAUUUAUGGUUUGAGAAAACUCUCUUUGUUUUGAGGAACUCUGGAAAGAGACAUGAAUGCUGUCUUUUUGCAAGAUUAAAGAAAUUCUAAACUUAUUUAUUUUUAGUGUUGACUUUUUAUUUUAUCAAAUUAAAUUCGUUUUAGGAGCCAAUUUAUUAAAUUCCCUUGUUUAGUAAUACUAAGCACAAGUGAAAUAAAUUGCUGAAUAUUAAGAUAUUUAUAACAAAGUUAAAGUUUAGUGAAUUAGUUUGUUCAGGACAUAUAAAAAAUAUGUAAAAGGAAAAUUUAGUUUCUCAGUUGAACUUUUAGAUGUAUGUAAUACAUGAAAAAAACAAAAAAAAACAUUCAGCCUUGGAAACAUUCCCCUUCCUUAUAUUCUUAAGGCAUAUACUCAUCAUUAAACUACAUUAGCAGAUAACCACUCUCUUCUGCCAACCAGCAUAUCUUUCACAAAUGUCUGGUGGUUUGGCCAUUGGUAGAAUUUUGAAUCCCUUAGCACAAUUAAAAGUUAAACAGUGCUAAUACAGAUACAAGACAUUGCUUCCUGUCCGAAGCUCUUGCAUUUUUGCCAAUCCACCAAUUGGUCUUGGAUUUAUCAGUCUUGAAAGCAUGAACAGCCAAGUUGACAUCUAGGAUUUCAACUUAAUUGAAAACUGGAACAGCUACCCAACAACAUUUUAGCCAAUGCUCUAAAGACUGCUAAUAUACUGACAAUGAAGUGAUGCUUUUGUUGAAAAAUGAUUCCAAAUUGCUAUUGGUGCCAAAGUGUUUAAAUUCAGUGAAACAUGUUCUGAUUAAUUUGCAAAAUUUUAUCUUAACUCUGUAAUGAUUACAAAAAUAUUGUUUUAAAUAAGUAUGAUUUAAUCAGUAUUUUAGUAUUAACAAUGUCAGUUAUAAUGUUUUAAACAUCACUUCUGUAUUUAGUAUUAAAAAAGAAAAGGUGAUCGAUGUAAAACAGUAUUUGUAAAUCCAGUUGCUUGUUGACUCAUUAAGAGGAAUUCUAAAAACUGAUGUCCUAAGUUUAUGACACUUCAGUAAUAGCGUGAUGCAAAAUAAGAUGUUACUUUUUCUUAAGUAUCACUUAGUAGAAACUUCAUAUAUGCUCCCAUCUUGUAUCUAACAAGUUUAAUUAGAACUGCAAUGGUUCGCUUAAUAAGUUUCCAUUAUAAAUAACUACUUUUGAAGUGUUGUGAAAUAUAGACUUAGCUUAUAUCAGCUUGAAAGUACAGAACUUGACUAAAGCAUGCUAAGAACUUAUUCACAAGUUCUCACUGUUCCUAUUCAUAUCUCUAUGUAUAUAAAGAGGUUUUUAAAAUGAAAACUGGCAUGAAAGAAACUCACCGUUCUCCGGAAAUAUGAAGGUUUAUAAGUUAUUUGAGAGUUGUUUUUUGCUUUUUUAAUUUCUAUGAGCUGCCUAGCAAUGCCCCCUCUCUGCCUUUACGCAUGCUCCAUUAAUCCCCUUCAGUAUUAUUGUAACAAGUUUAAAUAUCUUGUUUAUUUGUCUUUGAGUCACAUGGAGCAACUUUUGCUCACAACUCCAAAAGACUGCUUUGUUUGUAUUUUCUUUAUUCUCAGUUUCUUUUCUUGUCUGCUGCCUCAAAGACUUGUUUGGGAAGAUUUUCUAAAUUUAAACUGUCUCAUUUUUGUAUGAUAGUUCAGACAGAAUAAAAUUUGUAUUCAGAUAUUAACUUUGGUAUAAAUCAAUCUGCAUAGCUCUCAAUCAUCAAUCUGAGUUGUAUUUGAUAUAAAUCAAAUCACAUAGCUCUUGGUCAUCAAUCAAUGUGUUAUAUUUCUUCUAUAUUAAGGUUGCAGUAAUCAUUCUAAUAUGUCCAUGGUGGACUUAAUACACAGAAGCAAUUAAAACUUUUUUCCAAUUCUUUUUUAAGUGUAACAUGACCUUCAUUAAUUUGAUUUUUGUUUUAAGUUCUGUUUGUUAUAAUUUAUGAUUUUCGUUUUAAGUUCUGUUUGUUAGUUUGGUCUUGUUUAAAAAUCUUUAUAAUUAUUUUCAGUGUUAAUUUGGAUGAAUUUAUUAUUCACAAUAAAUAUUUUGAUUUGUGUAAAGAAAAUUCUGAUCCAUUUUUUUUUUUUCCAUGCUUUUUUUUCUUUUUGUAUGAGCAGGUAUUGUAAUUUAAAACUGUGCUCCCUUUCUCUGUAAAACUUAACCCAAAACACCAAGGGUUAUUUUACAAUUUACUUUGGCUUGCUAACAGACAUGCCAAGAAGGUUGUGAUAAGCAUCAUAUUCACCUAUUUCUCACAAUACAUUCUAAAUAAACACACACACACAUUCCAUUCCUGCAAUGGAAUUGAUUAACUGGAGAACAGUAUAUUAACUUAGUAAAUGUAAUCACUGAGCAAUUAUAUUUGCAAAUAUGUGAUUGAUUUAUAACUGAAAAUCCAAAUUUAAUGAUAAUUUUACAUAAAAAUGCAACAUUUAAUCUGUAGUUUUCUCAUUUUCUGAAGACUAUUUUGAUAUAUUGAACCUGAAAGACAAUGUAAUAAAGCAGCUUUAUUUUGUAUUCUUGGCCUUUUAUUUUCGUUUCUUUUUCACAUAUUGCCAUCCAAAUUACAUUUUUUUAUAAAAUUACAGCCAUUGAUGUUUUUUUAUUUUUUUUUAUUUUUACCACCAAAUAAGAGAAAAUACAAAAAUAAGAAUACCUUGCAAAAUUGAUUAAUCUUUUUUUCUUUUUUGCUUUAACUAUUUUAAAUGUUUUUAAAGAUAUUUAACAAAAAAAAAAUUUUCUACAUACCAUGACUGUUUGACUGAAUUUAAUUGUUGUAAAUCACAAGGAAUACUGCUGCUAUGUUGUCAUUAGCUGUUCAUUUUCUGAGCUUUAAAUGAAUAUUUUCUUUCUGAAAUAACCAGAAACACAAAGGAAAGGAAGGAAAAUUUGAUUGUAUAUUUUGCUUAAAUAAAUGUAUUAACUUAA